GGAACAAAAGUGGUGAUCUGAACAAACUAUUAUCCCGAUUUUCAACGAUGUUAGUCCCUCCGACGUAAUCUACCAGGCUGGGGAUUUUGGAAGGGCCUUCAAUCUACAUGAGAGCACAGCAGGAGUCGACUCAGAUACCAUCGAAACAUGGAGGGAUGCUCUUCGAGAUAUCGGGGAAUUACCCGGAUAUAGUGGGAAACUAUAUAAGGGGUACGAGGACCAGCUCGCAAGAGAAGUUGUUGCACGUGUGGUGCGAGUGUUGAAGGGUGACCCAGCUGUAACCGACAAACCAGUUGGAAUUGAUCUUCAUGUUCAAGAGAUGAUGAGAAAGCUUGGCGUUGCCCACAGCGAGGGACGAGCGAGCGAAGUGCGUGGAGAAGACAUACGGGUGGUUGGAAUAUGCGGUGUGCCCGGUGUUGGAAAGACUACACUUGCAAAAGUUGUCUUUGACAAGACGCAUGACUUAUUUGAUGCAUGUAGCUUCCUUCCAGGUAUUGAUUUGAAAGAAUUUCAGUUAUCACGACGUAUGUUGAUUGCUGACCUUCAAAUGCAAAAACCUGCACCACUUGAAUCUUCCGAUGAAGGGAUUGAAGAAAUGGCAAAUCUAUGUCGUAAUGCGAAGGUUCUCAUUGUGCUUGAUGAUGUGGAUGAGGAUGAACAAAUUCAAGAGUUAGCUGGGAACCUUACUUGGUUUGGUCCUGGAAGUAGGAUCAUUGUGACAACAAGGAAAAGAGAGGUUUUAAAUGCUUUCGAAGUUGGAGCUGUUGAUGGUCAGACAGUUGAGGAAUACAAGCUUGAACCAAUGAGAGAUGACCAUGCCCUUCAACUCUUUCGUGAGCAUGCUUUUAAAGGGGCAGCUCCCGAAGGUGUUUCUAAGUAUGAUUCCUUGUCCGUAGACAUUGUCAAAGCUGUAGGGGUGCUUCCUUCGGAUAUUGUGGAUCAUGCUUCAAAAUUAAGCUGCGAUAUGGAUAUAGAUGUAUGGAAGAUUACCUUGGAAUUAUUGCAAAAACACCCAGAAGAUAGGCCCUCCAUUCAAAGUCCAUUUGGCAUCAGAGCUUGAAAAUUCCAUUGAAGACAACCAACUCACAAGCCCAACUCAAGGCCCAUCAAUUAACCAAAGCCCA